CAGAAGUAUUGACACGAAUUGUAAACACAAUUUGAAAAACAAAUAAACUUUUGAUUCAUUCAUUAGUCUUAAGACUAAUCACGCGUUCAUUGGUUUCAAGUGAUGUGUCAUUGAAUUGGUGUUUGUGUUUGUGGUGCACGUGUUGGUGGCCUAUAAUAGUGGCCAUGAGUGUGAUCCAUAGGUCCUUGUUCACUUUACUGUCCGGAGCAUUGUUUGUGGUGUUGAUUGCACUCAAAGUGGACAACAAGUCUGAAUGGAACUGGUUUGUGGUGAUGGCGCCGAUGUAUGUGUUGGAUGUGGUGAUGACGGCAAUGGUGGCCAUGAAGUGGUUGCGUCCGUCGCAGUCCUACUCCAACCCAAUGUCGUGGAGACGAGGACUCAGCAAAAGACUGUAUUGUCUGACAAUAGUUUUGUGCAAAUUGUCGUUUCAAGUCAUGUCGUGUCUUAGACUCCAAUACAUCACACAUUUGCCACUAUAUAUCACAUUCAUUCCUCUUUGGUUAGCUCUCAUCUCUUCGCUCACAUUCUUUGUCACCAAAAGACGGUUAUAUAAUAUGAUAUGAUUUAUGCGAUUGCCGUCAUCGGUGUCUCCAAUGGACUGUCAAUUAGAUAAUGGAAAUGAAAGUUAUUAACCAAACCAUAUAUACAUACCAUUCAUACCAUUAUGAGCUCAGAUUGUGGUCAAUAAGAAACAAUGUGAAGUAUGUAUUGAUCGCAUAAUUGAUCCAAAGGAAAAUCGAUACAAUCAUUUGAAACGGUUUUGUAGUUGUUUUCGUAAAAUUAAAGUACACUUGAUUCCGAAAGCAAUCAAUAAUAAUAAUAAUA